AUGAACACAAACGCCAUUGCAGGCACAAGGAGACCUUGUUUCAUCGAAGAAGACGAUGACCGGGCCUCCCUGGCCGACAUGGAGGCUGGUUUCCCCACCAGCCACCACCACCACCAGAACCACGUGUUUUACUCUCGGCCUCUAUAUUACUUGUGGCAGAGUAGCUUCAAGAGCCUUCCGACAACGUCGUUUACUUCCUUCUUUUCUUGUUCGUCCUCAUUUUUGCCCAGAUUUGGCACCGAGAGGUUCUACGACGCCAGGUUUAAAGAGCACCAUCCCCAUUUCCUUGAGGCUUGCUUCCUCUGCAAGAAGCCUCUCACUGAUAACAAGGAUAUUUUCAUGUACAG